AUGCAAGCCAGCAACGACACUAAAGUGGCGCCUGAGGCACUGAUCUCAAAAUUUGAGAUCGAAAGGCUGCUCAGACAAGAUCAAAGUGGCCGUCGUAUCGCUCUCCUGGGAACAAUCGAAGGGAAGCAAGGCAUUCUUAUAGCUGAACGAGCGGCCUUUGCCACCGAAUCCCUCGAGGUAUUGAAAGCAUUCCACUCAGCAAUCACCCGUGUAAACAACCUGGGUGAUAAUGAUAUCUACCGCUGGUACCUGGCAUCAUCAGGUGUAGACAGUGAGGGCCAUCAAUCUGCUGACCUCAAACUGAACCUUAUCUGGCCAUGCACCGAGCAGCAUAUCAAGAAGUACUCCGAUCAGGUGCUACGCAUGGUAACCGAAACACCUGAAAUUUACCGCGACUAUAUCCGGCCGUAUAUGAGUGCUAAGCGGGAAGAGGGCCGAUUGAACUGGGUAUUUAACAUUCUUGAGGGCCGAACGGAACAGGAAGAUGUUAUUCUUCGGGAUCAGGGCCACGGUCCCGAGGAUGGGUUCCUGAUGCUUCCGGAUCUUAACUGGGAUCGGAAAACGAUGGGCUCGUUGCAUUUGCUGGCUCUCGUGCAGCGGAGGGAUAUCUGGAGCUUACGUGAUUUGAAAAAGAAACAUAUCCCUUGGUUGAAGUAUCUGCGUCAGCGGUUGCUAGAGGGUACGGCGAAUAUGUAUCCGGAUUUGGACCAGGAUCAGCUCAAGCUUUACGUGCACUAUCAACCGACAUAUUAUCACUUCCACGUUCACAUUGUUAAUGUCAUGCUGGAAGCUGGCGCUACACAGGCGACGGGCAAAGCUUUUGGGCUGGAGAACCUUAUUUCCCAAUUGGAGACUAUCUCUGGCGACGAGGAAGCUAGUAUGGCCGAUGUCAGCUUGUCUUAUUUCCUUGGAGAGGCCAAAAACAACCCAGAAGUGAUGUCGCACUUAGUCCACCAACUCGGUCUCCCACCGACCCUAGGAUUUACAGACGUAUACUCAAUCGACGACCCAGACCUCCUAGCCUUCGUCCCCCGUCCUUCGCACGCCCUCCUCCUCGUCUUCCCCGUCUCUAAAACCUACGAGUCAUCCCGCGUGUCCGAAGAUAGCCAACUCACCGACUACACUGGCUCCGGACCCUCAGAACCGGUCAUGUGGUUCAAACAGACGAUCCGGAACGCUUGCGGGUUGAUCGGAUUGCUGCAUGCUGUGUCCAAUGGAGAGGCUCGGAAACAGGUUCUUCCUGGAUCGGAUCUUGAUGGUCUUUUGCGGGAGGCGGAGCCUCUUGGUCCUGUUGACAGAGCGAAUCUCUUAUAUGAGAGCAAGGCGCUGGAGAGUGCGCAUGCUGAUGCGGCGAAGUUGGGUGAUACUACGGCGCCCCAGGCCGAGGAUUCCGUUGACUUGCACUUUGUGGCCUUUGUGAAAGGAAUUGAUGGAAGGUUGUGGGAGCUGGAUGGGAGGAGGAAGGGCCCGUUGGAAAGGGGAAAGUUGGAUACGAAUGAGGAUGCAUUGAGCGAGAAAGCGCUUAACUUGGGAGUUAGGAGGUUCUUGAAGACUGAGGCUCAGGGUGGUAACCCGGACUUGAGGUUCAGCUUGGUCAGCUUGGGGCCAGUUUUUGAUUAA